ACACAACACUAACAGCACGUGUUUUAUCAUGGCGGCCCCCGCUAAAAAGAUGGUUGGGAUUUCGGACGACUCCAGCAGCAGUGACGACGAAGAGCUUAGACGAUGUCAGGAGGCCGUUUGGGAGACGAAGUCUAUCAAAACCAAAGAUGGGGACGGCAGUGGGAAAGAGUCAAAACGUCUUGUUGUUGCUGACCAUGAACACGAUGGCAACGAGCUCCAGGUCACCGCAGGAUUUCAGACACAUGUUGCCCGAAAGUUAGGACGCUUUCUUGACAGCUGCAUUUCAGAGAUACAACCUCAAACUUUAUCCUGUUUGGAAUCAACUAAAUGUAACAAAGAUGAUGAGGAGGAGGAUGAAGGUUUUCGUCUGUUUUCCACAUCAGUCCCAGGAAAGAAAGCCGAAGAUCCUCCCGCCCCUGUCAGACGUCGGCCUGCUCCCAGCUCAAGUGACAGCGACGAUGAGAUGGAAAUGAGGCUGAAAGAGGCAGCGGUGUCUCUCAAAGAUCUGUUACCCUCGUCAGCACUCUCACUUCCUUCGACAGAGCCUCCCUGCUUGGAAAAAGUAAAGACAAAGAAGGCGGCUACAGAGGGAGAAGUGAGCUGCGUUGUUAAGAAAAAAAAGAAGAGGCAGAAGAUUCAAAAGGACAGGGAGCAGGGGGACUCGGGUUCUACUCCUGAUGCUCAGAGCAAUGGUGAGCUCACAAACUCAGAGCAGGAACAUGUGCAAGUCAAAGGAACGCGGAAAAAGAAGAAGAAGAGGAGAGAAGGAAACACAGAGGAAGAAGCUUUGAACUGAUUUUUAAUGAUUGUCUGCAUUCAGAGAUUGAAAAUAUCUUUAUUCCAGAGCUCAUGGUUGAACUGGGAAUCAUCUUUACUUUGUCAUUAAUGAUAAUGUAAAAAAAAACAAAGUGAAAGUAUUUCAAGGUGAGUAAAAAAAAAUUCAGAUAACAUGCCGUUCAGGUCAAUUUACAUUUUGUUAAAUUCUGAAACAUUUACAAUUGAAUAAAAAUACAUUUUGAUGUUAAUUUUCCAUUGA